GGGAAAUGCAACGGCUUAUCUUCAACUGAAAUUCUAAAACUAGUUAUCUUCUUCUGCUGUGGAAAUCUCUACUUCUGCAAUGGCCUUUUCUUCCUUCAAAUUCCCAUCAAAAACCAAAGAAGAGAUGGAAAUCGGUAAGCAAGGCCUCAAAAAACGCAUCCUCCAACAAGGUGAUUCUUGGCAGACCCCAUUUCCUGGAGACCAUGUUCAAGUUCACUACAGUGGCCGCGUUGAUGGUGGGGAAGCUCUUGAUUCGAGUCGUGAUGGAGGAAUCCCUUUCACAUUCAAAUUAGGAAGUGGUGAAGUGAUCAAAGGAUGGGAUGAUGGGAUUGCCACCAUGAGAAAGGGCGAGAGAGCGAUCUUCACCAUUCCUCCGAAUUUGGCUUAUGGGGAGGUGGGUGCUCCUCCACUUAUCCCUCCUAAUUCAAUGCUUGUUUUUGAUGUGGAGUUAUUGUCUUGGAACACUGUAAGGGAUCUGUCCGGGGAUGGAGGGAUCUUGAAGAAGAUAAUAAAAGAGGGUGAGGGGUGGGCCACUCCAAAAGAAGCUGAUGAAGUUCUAGUUAAAUAUGAAGCAAGGCUGGAUGAUGGAACGAUUGUUUCAAAGUCAGAUAAGGGUGUGGAAUUUCAUAUCAGAGAUGGUCUUUUAUGUCCUGCUAUCAGCCAUGGUGUAAAAACAAUGAGGAAGGGUGAGAAAGCUGAGUUAUCAGUGAAAUUCUCAUAUGUUGUGAAAAAUGGAAACAAAACCAUUAGAAGUGGAUUACAGGUUCCACCCAAUUCGAAUUUAACUGUAGAUAUUGAGCUACUUUCAUGGAAGAGUGUCAUUGAUGUUGCUGGUGAUGAAAAGGUAGUUAAAAAGAUUAUAAGAGAAGGCGAAGGUUAUGACCGUCCUGGUGAAGGAUCCAAAGUGAAGGUGAAAUACACUGGCAAACUUGAAGAUGCAACAGUUUUUGAGAGGAAGGGAACCGAUGAAGAGCCUCUUGAGUUUAUGUGUUUUGAAGAACAAGUUUUUGAAGGUUUAGACAGGGCAAUCAUGACCAUGAGGAAAGGCGAAAUAGCACUUGUGAGAAUUAGCUCUGAUUAUGGUUUUGGCAAUGUAGAAUGCCACAGAGACUUGGCCAUGGUUCCUCCAAACGCGACACUUCUUUAUGAAGUGGAGCUACUCAGCUUUGCAAAGGAUAAAGAGUUUUGGAAAAUGGAUACUGUGGAGAAAAUUGAAGCUUGCCAAAGAAAGAAAGAUGAUGGAAAUAAGUUCUUUAAGGCUGGGAAAUUUUGGCGCGCCUCCAAGAAAUAUGAGAAGGCUGCUAAAUACGUCGAGUACGACCAUUCAUUCACCGACGAGGAAAAGAUUCAAGCAACUGGUUUGAAAAUAUCUUGCAAUUUGAAUAAUGCAGCCUGCAAACUUAAACUUGGGGAGUACUCUGAAGCUUCAAGAUUGUGCACAAAGGUUUUAGAUCUUGAUCCGUAUAAUGUAAAGGCCUUGUACAGAAGAUCUCAGUCAUACAUGGAAAUGUCUGAUUUAGAAAAGGCUGAGGUUGAUAUUAAGAAAAUACUAUCAAUUGAUCCAUAUAACAGAGAUGCAAAGCUUGAGUAUAAGAAGUUAAGAGAUAAGCAAAAGGAGUACGAUAAAAAUCAAUCGAAGCUCUUCGGCGCCAUGAUUUCAAGGAUGAGCCAGUUGGAGAUCUAGAAGCAAGGUAUGACCUUUCAAUCAUCAAGUGUUUUCCUAGACAGAGAGAUCCAUUUCAAUGACUUUUCUUGGAUGAAUUAUAUGAUUCUUGGCCUGAAGAUAUGACCUUGGGCUGUACAAGUGGGGCCCAUGGGUUGGUGAUCCAGACCACUACCCUGAUGGGCCCUGCCAUAGAUGGACUGUUGCUGUGAUGGUUAGUUAGCCCAAUCUUCGGCCUUCUCCAGCCGACCUCGCUGUAUGUUUUCUGAACCAUAAGGCCAUUCUCAGGCCACAGGAUGGAAAUAAUAGGAUUCGACUGUUUUUAGGUG